AUGGACGGUGAAAAGCUUCCUGAUUCUCUGCCAUUUGUGGAGGACCCGCUGCCAGCUUUCGUGGAAGAAGUUAAUCCGGUCCCAGCUGUCGAUGUGGAUCAGAUCCCGUGCCCACAAGGUGUAAGUAGUCCUCAGCGUCUUCGUUUCUACUUAGCAAAAGAAAAGAAAAAGAUGGGGGACACGCGUGAACCGGGCAAAUGGCAAGAAAUUGCAAACAUUCUCGCUGGUUACGGUAUAGAAAAGUCAGAAAAGUCUGCAAGUCAAUGCCGAAGGGCGUUCCAUCAACUCAAGUAUGAUUACUUACACCCUGCUCGUGCCUCUCGUACCAUACCCCCGAGUACUAGGGCUGUAUUAGAGUCAUUUUUGACAGAGAAGAUAGAUAUGGAAAUGACAGAUAUGGAGGGAAUGACAGAUAUGGAAAUGGUCUCUUCUUCCUCCGCAUCCUCAGCCUCCAAAGAAAAGUCGCGAAAAAAAGAAGAAGAGAAUGCCUCAAAGAAGAAGAAAGCUCGUGUGGGUGAAAGUAAGCUGGUUCAGGCGGAUCCCUUGGCGAAAGCUCGUGUGGGUGAAAGUAAGCUGGUUCAGGCGGAUCCCUUGGCUUUAUGUAAGAAAUUAACCAAUGAAAUUUCUGGUUUACAAGUUGAAUUGGAGAGUCUUCAUAAAAAAGAAAAUGAAAUUGAUGUCGAAUUGGCUGCCCUUAAAGUAGCGAAGGCUGGCUUUCAAAAGCAGAAAAGGGAAGUCAGGAAGAAGAGAGACAUAGUCUCUAAGAGACUGACUGAUAUGUGUGAGACUGGCGGAUAUGUGACACGAGCUUUCUUCUUCUUUGAGGCAUUCUCUUCUUCUUUUUUCUGCGACUUUUCUUUGGAGGCUGAGGAUGCGGAGGAAGAAGAGACCAUUUCCAUAUCUGUCAUUCCCUCCAUAUCUGUCAUUUCCAUAUCUAUCUUCUCGGUCAAAAAUGACUCUAAUACAACCCUAGUACUCGGGGUUUCCCUCAAUAUUUUGAUUAAGGCCCUCUGCAAAAACAAGGAAACUAUUGAUUCUGCUUUACAGAUAUUUCAUGAGAUGCCCAACCGUGGAUGCCAGCCUGAUUCAUAUACGUACGGUACAUUGAUUAAUGGGCUGUGCAGAAUGGGAAGUGUCAGUGAGGCUAAGGAACUAUUCAAAGAGAUGGAGGAGAAAGGUUUUUCACCUUCUGUUGUUACCUAUACUAGUUUGAUACAUGGCAUGUGUCAGUCGGAUAAUUUGGGUGAAGCUAUAAGAUUGCUUGAAGAGAUGAAAAAAAAUGGCAUUGAGCCAAAUGUUUUUACGUACAGUACUUUAAUGGAUGGUUUAUGUAAAGGUGGCCAUUCAUUACAAGCAAUGGAAUUGUUAGAAAUGAUGGUUACAAAACAUAAUCGGCCUAACAUGGUCACUUAUGGUACUUUAAUCAAUGGACUGUGUAAAGAAGGAAAACUUAGUGAAGCUGUCGAGAUUCUUGACAGGAUGAGGCUUCAAGGUUUGAAACCAAAUGCAGGGUUGUAUGGGAAAAUCAUAAGUGGCUUCUGUGCUGCAUCCAGCUAUCAAGAUGCUGCAAACUUUAUUGAUGAGAUGGUGCUUGGUGGUAUCUCACCAAGUCGAGCAACUUGGAGCCUUCAUGUCAGAAUGCAUAACAUGGUGGUCCAAGGUCUUUGUAGUAGUGUUGAUUCUCCUCGAGCAUUUCAGUUGUAUCUUAGCAUGCGUACAAGGGGUAUCUCUAUUGAAAUUGACACUUUUGACUGUUUAAUCAAAUGUUUCUGCAAGCGAGGGGACCUCAACAAAGCUGCUCGGAUUCUUGAAGAGAUGAUAUCAGACGGUUGCAUUCCAGAUAAGGGUAUAUGGGAUGUAGUAAUGGGUGGACUAUGGGAUCGGAAAAAAGUGAGAGAAGCCUCUGAGCUGUGGCUGGCUGAGCUGAAGCAAAAAAUUGUUGAUGCUGAAAGUUGAAGUUUGAGGGUCCAUAAAACAUUUGGCCUCACAUGGAUCCCCUUGUAUAUUAUACUUGGUGACUUUACUCUCGUAGACAUUGUACUUGCUUCUUCCCCAGCCUUUUUUUAAACCUUGGUAAGGAAGAUGUUUUUUGGAACAAAUUUUCCAGAGUUCUAGCCUUCUGGGCAAGGUAAACUCAGGUAAUCGAAAAAUCAUUUGUCUUCAUCAAACCCAUUACAUGAUUUGGGUAUUUUUUGUCAAUUCCUAGAAAACUUGUUGGCCAGUCAAUUGCAGUAAUUUAACAAUAGUUUGAUUAUUCCAACUUCCAAGUCUUUUCAUAGUGCAGUUGCUGGUAUUUUAGUUGAAAUUCUUGAUUUUUUAUUUGUUAUUUGUUAUUUAUAUAUGCCGCUGAGGGAUUUUAUUUGUGCUUUGUUUAAUAGUGCAUUCACAUGAUAACUGUAAUUGGGCUCUGAUGUUCUGUUGUAUUUAGUGCUUUGUUUAAUAGUGCAUUCACAUAGAGAACGCGUGAGAAACACCAGUUAGUAUUAUUGAAUCGAAGAUGCAAGUAGUCAUGGUGUGAUACACUACACCAGUUCUUUAGACACUAACAGAAACCAUAAUUAACCACUAAUAACAUCUUAACUUGCUAGUAACAAACACAACGGAAUAACAGCAGAAUGCAUAACU